AUGUCCCUUACAUUGGUGGUCAGUGGGAAGAAUGCCCCUUACAUUGGAGAUCAGUGGGAAGAAUGUCCCUUACAUUGGACGGGUCAGUGGGAAGAAUGCCCCUCUUACAUUGGAGGUCAGUGGGAAGAAUGAACUGCCCCUUACAUUGGAGGUCAGUGGGAAGAAUGUCCCUUACAUUGGAGGUCAGUGGGAAGAAUGUCCCUUACAUUGGUGGUCAGUGGGAAGAAUGUCCCUUACAUUGGAGGUCAGUGGGAAGAAUGUCCCUUACAUUGGUGGUCAGUGGGAAGAAUGUCCCUUAAAUUGGAGGUCAGUGGGAAGAAUGUUCCUUACAUUGGUGGUCAGUGGGAAGAAUGUUCCUUACAUUGGUGGUCAGUGGGAAGAAUGUCCCUUACAUGGUGGUCAGUGGGAAGAAUGUCCCUUACAUUGGUGGUCAGUGGGAAGAAUGUCCCUUACAUUGGUGUGUCAGUGGGAAGAAUAGUUCCAUACUAUUGGUGUGAUCGAGAGGAAUAGUUCAAUAACAUUGGUGUCAGUGGGAGGAAUAGUGCCCCAUCAUUGGUAUCAGUGGGAGGAAUAGUGCCUCAUCAUUGGUGUCAUUGGGAGGAAUAGUGCCCCAUCAUUGGUGUCAGUGGGAGGAAUAGUGCCCCAUCAUUGGUGUCAGUGGGAGGAAUAGUGCCCCAUCAUUGGUAUCAGUGGAGGAAUAGUGCUCCAUCAUUGGUGUCAUUGGGAGGAAAUAGUGCCCCAUCAUUGGUGUCCAGUGGGAGGAAUAGUGCCCCAUCAUUGGUGUCAGUGGGAGGAUAGUGCCCCAUCAUUGGUGUCAGUGGGAGGAAUAGUGCCCCAUCAUUGGUGUCAGUGGGAGGAAUAGUGCCCCAUCAUUGUGUCAGUGGGAGGAAUAGUGCCUCAUCAUUGGUGUCAUUGGGAGAAUAGUGCCCCAUCA